AUGGCGCGCGCGGUGAAGGGCGCGGGGAAGGGCGCCGCGCUGAAGCGAAAAGAUCGCCGCCAGGCUAAGUUCAACCCGGGCGUCGGGCCGCACUCGGUGAAGCCCGUCGGCGGCGCGAGCGCGACCGACGACGCGACCGCGACCGCGACCGCGACCGCGAAGAAGAAGGCUUCGAAGUUCCCGGGGAAGGUGGGCAAGAAGCGCAGGGCGGAGGAGAGAGGCGGCGGCGGCGGCGAGCCGUUCGUGGCGGUGGCGGGGAUGGACGCGCCGAGCGAGGGCGGCGGCGGCGGCGACGGCCGAAAGCGCGCGAAGACGGCGGGACCCCCGGGAGGCUCGGUGAAGACGCUCGGCCUGAGCAAGAAGCACGGCGACAAGGAGAGGCACGCGUUCGCGUCCAAGAGGGAGCAGAGGCAGUGGGCGGAGGAGCAAAAGACGGCGCACAAGCCGAACCACGCGACGAUCGUCGCCGUGGUCGCGCUGUGGGAGAAGAUGCGAAGCGAGAAGAGAUCGAAAUCGACGUCCAAGGAGGAGAGACGAAGGAUCGUGUCGGAUAUUUUCCGACAGUGCAAGGGCAAGAUCGUGGACCUCGCGAAUAAUCACAAAGGUUCGAGGGUGAUUCAGGCGAUCCUGAAGCACGGCGCGAAGGAGGACGUCGACGCCGUGUACGCGGAGUGUAAGGCGCACGUCUCGCCUUUGGCCAAGUCGCUCUACGGGCACUUUCUCGUGAAGCGACUCGUGGACGCGACGCCGAAGGAGAAGCUCCCGGAGCUCCUGAAGAGCGUGAAAGGGACCGUGCGAGCGCUCGCGAGGCACCCGAUCGGGAGCCAGGUCCUGGAGUCGCUGUACUGGCCCGCGCCGAACGCGAUCAAGCGAUCGAUGGAGUGCGAAUUUUACGGCGCCGAGUUCGCGCUCUUCGGCCCCGGCGGCGACGGCGCGUCCGCCGCGGGGGACGCCGCGGUGACGUCGCUUCGCGACGCGAUGCUUCGCAAGCCGCCGGCGCAGAGGCAAGGGAUGCUGCGGCAGAUGAACAAGUGGCUCCUGCCCGUGCUCGAGAAGGGCUUGGUGUCUCCGUCGCUGAUACACAAGGUGUUGGCAGAGUAUCUGGACGUCGCGGGGCCGGGGACGAAGGCGCGUUCUAUACACUGGUCCCCAUACGACCGCUUCGAGGCGGCGCACUCCGUGAGCGGGCCCGCGUGCCUUCGCAUGAUCCACACGAGGGAGGGCGCGCACGCGUUCAACAUGAUGCUCACGCACGCGGGCGCGAGGCAGAGGAAGGUGGUCGUGAAGGCGCUGAAAGGUCAGGUGGGGCGGAUCGUGAGGGACGAUCACGCGUCCAUCGCCGUCGCGUGUCUGCUGGACUGCGUCGACGACACGCGGUUGUCCUCGAAGGUGAUCAUCGCGGAGCUUCGGAACGAGGGGAUCUUCGAGCUCGCGUGCGACCGCGCCGCGCGGAGGGUUCUGUUGCACGCGUUGCGACCGCGAAGCACGCGGUACAUUCACCCGCACGCGCUCGCGACGUUGCCGGACCCGGCGGAAGUGCGGCGAGCGGUGGAGGAGAAUAAGAAGGCGCUCGCGCUCGGCGGCCACGGCGUCGGCGGCGAAGAAGACCGGGACGCUGACGUGGAGGAUGCUGACGUGGAAGAAGACGAAGCGGACGGCGACGACGAGAUGAUGGACGACGAGAUGAUGGACGACGAGUUCGGAGAGGAGGAGGAGGAGGAGGAGCCGCGGAUGACGAAACGUCGGUCGCGCGCCGCGGAGGCGGGCGGCGACGACGACGACGACGACGACGACGACGCCCCCGCGGGCGGCGGCGACGACUCCGUCGACUUUGGCAUCUCGCGCAAGGACGCCGAGACGAGGCGCCGCGAGCUGUUCGGCAAGGAGGGUCACCUCGCGCGGAGUUUGGUCGCGGCGUGCGCGACGAACGCGAGCGCGAUGUUGCGAUCGCCCGAGGCGUGCGACGUCUUGUUCGAAACGUGCUCCGGCGGCGCCGGCGGCGUCGUCGUCGACGGCGUCGGCGUGGAGCAGCUCGCGGAGCUGCACGACGCCGUCGCAGAGGCUGCGCGCGCGUCCGUCGCGGGGGAGGAGCCGGAGGAGGAGGAGGAGGAGGAAGGGGAGGGCGGCGGCGGCGGCGACGAAAAGCCGCGGCUGCCUCUCCACGAGGAUUACUUCUCCACGCGGACGCUCCGCCGCAUGGUCCUGGAAAUCCCCGGGGCGGCGUCCCCAAUCCCCGGGACGGCGUCCGCCGGCGGCUCGGCCGCGGCCGCGGCCGCGGGGACGGGCACGCCGCCGCCGGUCUUCGCGACGUCGCUGUGGGAGAGCGCGGUGUCGCGCGACCCGAACGCGUGGAUCGACGGCCACGGCGCGAAAGUCGUCGCCGCGUUGGCGCGUCAAGUCGCGGACGACGCCGUCGCGGCCGAGGCGAAGAAGGCGAUCGGCGCGCGCGUGAAGAACAAGACCCCGGAGGAGUGGAUCGCGGGGUUUUUUAAGCGCUUCGACAAGAGCAAGAGCAGCAAGGGCGAGGGCGAGGGCGGCGCGAAGAAGAAGGCUGCGGAGAAGAAGGCGGCGGAGAAGCCGGCGACGGAGAAGAAGAAGGACGGAGGAGGAGGACUCGCGCCGGUGAAGACGAAGAAGACCGCGAAGAAGGACGGCGGCGGCGACGACGACGCCGACGCCGCGAAGGCGCCGAAGUCUCCGAAGGAGCUCAAGUUCUCCCCGCGCGCGACGCGCGCGCAGAGGGCGGAGAAGCUCGCGAAAGCCGGCGGGAAGAAGAAGUGA